CACAUGGCGGCUCGUUCUGGCUGGCUGGACAUCAUGCGCCUGCUACUGGAGGCUGACGCCGACGUCGCCGCGACGGAAGAAAGGGGGAGUUUCACUGCGUUACACUACUCCUGUGAUCGACUUCGAACCGAGAUGAUUACUCACCUCUUGAAUCACGGAGCUGACCCGAACCUCGUCGAUUGUAACAAGAGGACGCCGCUCGCUAUAAUAGGCAACCAGGCGGAGGUGAGAAGCACCAGAAUGAGUGAGCGAGGAGCACAUGCUGCACCAGCAGAACAAGCGGAGUCAGUGGUACAAGCUGCGUCAGCUCUCUUACAGACGUGCGAGUUUGCCGGCGUACCUCUACAGGUUAACACACGCGACAGCAAGGGCGACACCCCACUGCACAGCUUCUGUAGGGCGAUGCUCGCAUGCAAAGACGAUGUUUACACGCGAGAGAGGGAGGGGUACGUGCAGAUAGUGCACAUGCUGCUGUUUAACCACGGUGCACACGUCGACGUGGUGAACGCACGGGGAAAGACGCCAUACAAACUCUGGCGCCGGAUUUACCUGACGCGUUUCCGUGGCAACGUGGAGUCGAGUGACGAGAUACAUGGCAGAAUGAACGCGCAGUAUUAUUCGCUGGAGUGCCACUGCGCGCGCUUUAUCGUCAGACACAGCGUUGCAUACGAGAACAGGCUGCAGCUGCCUCCGAGUCUCAUAGAAUUUGUCAGGGCUCACGCUAGACCAACGUAGGCGACACUAAGCGUGUUAACCGAGGAAGCCCAUGUAGGAUCGGAGAUGCGAUAACCCAGAAGAUAUCAAUACUUGGUAGAUCUAUGUUCUAAUUGUUGCACGUGUUGGCAGACGUGUUUCAUUGUAAUGUAAAAUCGAGUAUAUGUAGUAACAUUAUUCAGUUUAUAUAGAAAUGUGUAGAUUAUCGGUAUGAUGCCUUGGUGAAUUGGUGCGAUUUAAUAACCACGAUGUAAUGUUAUGUCUGUCUGUGACAAUUACUAACGAGUGAAAACAGGGUUCAAACAUAUAACGUGUAUUCUGACGAUACAAAUGUGUAUGAUAUGGCGAACACUGGCUGAGCAACUGACACUGCGCAUGUGUUGUGUGCAAGCAUGGUAUAGGGAGCGGUCCUAAUAUAGUACAGUUCAAUAUGUAGGGAGCAGUCGUUAUGUUAAACUGUUCAUAUCAUUACAUCUCCCUUCCUGUGCUUAAACUCUCACUGUAUGUAAAAUAUAGAUACCGUACCAUAUAAA